GUGCUAAGGUACGGAGUACAUAGAGACUUGCUUGUUUGUUCCGUCACCUUGUAUCCGUACCGUACUUUGUGUGUACGGAAUAGCGUACGGAGUAGAAUGAAACGAAACACGGCUGCCGCCCGUUGGCCAUACUUCAUACCGUACGGUCACCUUGGACUCAGUAUUCAUCGUGGCCGUGGUAGGCGUAGCAUCCAACAGCAACUCAAAAAGUGGCCGGGGGAAAGAAAAACCUGGAGCCACAGGACUCAAUGACGAGAAGUGGAUGAUCCAAUCAUCAAUCGAUAAUAAAGCGGGUUCCACCAACCUGCUCCAGACACAGCGCCAAGAACAAAUGCCAAGCUUCCACGAGGGCCAACAUGCCAAGAGGAAGGAGGGGGCUUCUUGGUGCCUCUUUCUCUUUUUUUCUCUGCCUCUCUCUUACUCUCUCUUUCGCAAUGUUCUUGUCCGAGGAAACUAAGGUAGUCACUAAUACCUUUACAUUGGUAUUAAAGUAUCUUCCCUUAGGUAAGACUUUCGGGAAAAUCCAACGAACGGCUCAAAGUCCAGUGAUUGCCGUCCAAUCACCAGACGGACGCUUCCUCGGCAGUACGUAUCUUUCCGGGGCUAGGAACACCCGGCAUUCGACCGUCCGCUUCAGCUUCAAUUCCUCAACAUCUCAGCACAAGCAAGCCUACAGAUACUUCCCGGCACAAUUCCAUCAGCAUCUAACUUUCGCCAUUAUUGAUGCCAGUGGCUCCAGCAACACCUUCCUCCACGCUCCACUUCAAGGGCCAAGCACUGCCUCCAACCUCCGGAAGAAGCUUCAGGACGCUCUCCAUCCCGAGGAAAUACCCAUACUCCGUAGGCCAUGGAUGGAGGGAGGGGUGGGCCGCUCGAUAGGGUCCCGGUCGUGUGCUUCCAAGACCUCUCCUCGUCCAAUCACCCUCAACCUCGUCCACCCAGCGCCGCCCCAAACGGCAUCGCUUUCUGUCCCGGCCUCUGAUCACCGCCCCAGUGUGGCAGAGCCAUGCACCCGUGGGACAACCACCGACGCAUCAUGGAUCGAUGGAUAUGCAGUCACGCAGUACCAUAUCGCGCCUCCAGGCUUCCCAUCCACCUGUUGUCAACUAAGUCUCCCCUGCGAAAGACCCGGUGCUUCAACUGGGUUCGCCGCCGCAGACUCAGAGAGAGAUCCUUUGUCACGGCGUUUUUGCGGACCGACCCAAAUUGCUGUCAAUGUUCCUCGGAUUCACAACUCUACGAACCCUCCUCACAUCGUUUCCGAUACGAUCUUUUCUAGCGCGGUGUACGGAUACGCAUAA